UCUGGGGUAAAUGUACAGAGUGUCAAUCACAGGCAGAGCUCAGAGCUGGGAAGGAGCUACAGAUGGCGGCUGUGCCUUAGAGAGCGCACUCUUCUUGCCGCUUUCCUUUUCACUUCAGGCACCUACCUGGGCACCUGCUACUACAAAGGCCCGGACCUGCCCCGGGUACAAGAUGGAGAAGAGCACGGAGGAGGAGGACGGCGGCGGCUCAGCGCGCAGCAAUGCAUCCAGCCACUCAGCAUCGGAAGAGUCCAAUCACUCUGCGUCCGAGUUCGGCAGCCAAUCAGAAAGUGAACAGGCCAGCGAGCAGGCCAGCGAGUCCAACAGCAACUUGGAGUCAUCAGAGAGCCAGUCUGAAUCAGAAUGUGAAUCAAAUGGUUCUAAAUCACAGGAGCAAACCUCUGACGCAAAAGAGAAGUCUCUUCCCAAAAAGGAGAGGCUGGCAGAUGUGAAAAAGAUGUGGGAAGAAUACCCUGAUGUGUAUGGUGUAAGGAGGUCAAACAGAAGCAGGCAAGAACCUUCAAGAUUAAACAUGAAAGAGACCACAGAUUCUGAAAGUGAAAGCCCAAAGAGAAGAAGUGCAAGAAUGGCAAACAAAAAAGAGAAGAAAAAAAUGUCAGAUGACUAUGAUGAUGAUGAUGAUGAUGAUGAUGAUGAUGAAGACGAUGAUGAUGUUAGCAGUGAAGAAAGUGACCUAGAACCACCAAAAUCCAGAUCCAGACAACUGAGAAGCUCGACAUCCAAAGCUGUGUUAAGAAAGCAAAAGAAACCACAACGUGGAAGAAGAAGAAAGGCUGAUUCCAGUGAGGAUGAAGAUGAGGAUGAGGAUGAUGAUGCUCCUAAGAGGCAGACACGACGGAGGGCAGCUAAACAUGUUAGCUACAAAGAAGAUGAUGACUUUGAAACAGAUUCUGACGAUCUGAUCGAAAUGGCAGGAGAGGAAGCAGAGGAAGAAGAAGAAAGCCAUGAGACUAUUGAAAAAGUUUUGGAAUCCAGGACUGGGAAGAAAGGAGCUGUUGGAGCCCCUACAACUGUGUAUGCUGUUGAAAUGAAUGGAAACCCCUGUGCUGACUUUAAUCCUGAAACUGAUGGAGAACACCAGUUUCUUAUAAAAUGGAAAGGCUGGUCUUACAUCCACAGCACAUGGGAGAGUGAGGAAUCUUUACAGCAACAAAAGGUUAAAGGCUUGAAGAAGCUGGAGAACUUCAAGAAGAGAGAGGACGAAAUCAAACAGUGGUUGUCAAAAAUUUCUCCUGAAGAUCUUGAGUAUUAUAAUUGCCAGCAGGAGCUGGCACUCGAACUGAACAAGCAGUACCAGAUAGUUGAGAGAGUCAUUGCUGUGAAGACUGGUAAAUCUGGCUCUGGACACUCUGAAUUUCCAGUGAACACCAGAAGGAACUCCUCCUCCAAUGAGCCAGAGUACCUAUGCAAGUGGAUGGGUCUCCCCUAUGCCGAGUCCAGCUGGGAGGAUGGCGCGCUCGUGGGGAAGAAAUUUCAGCACUGUAUUGAUAGCUUCAACAGCCGGAAUAACUCAAAAAACACCCCUGUGAAAGACUGCAAGGUCCUGAGACAGAGACCCCGGUUUGUGACAUUGAAGAAGCAGCCUUCUUACCUUGGUAGUGAGGUUCUUGAACUCCGUGAUUACCAGCUGGAGGGCCUCAACUGGCUAGCACAUUCUUGGUGCAAGAAUAACAGUGUAAUCCUAGCGGAUGAGAUGGGCCUGGGAAAAACUAUUCAGACAAUUUCCUUCCUCUCCUACCUGUUUCACCAGCAUCUGCUUUAUGGCCCAUUUCUCAUAGUGGUGCCCUUAUCUACUCUAACAUCCUGGCAAAGGGAGUUUGAGGCGUGGUCUCCUGAAAUAAAUGUGGUGGUCUACAUUGGAGAUGUUGGAAGUAGAAAUACGAUAAGGGAGUAUGAGUGGGUUCAUCAGCAGAGCAAGAAGAUGAAGUUUAAUGCACUGCUAACAACAUACGAAAUUUUACUGAAGGAUAAGGCUGUUCUGAGUAGUAUUAAUUGGGUUUUUCUUGGAGUUGAUGAAGCACAUCGGUUGAAGAAUGACGACUCCUUAUUGUACAAGACCCUCAUAGAUUUCAAGUCUAACCAUAGAUUGCUGAUUACUGGAACUCCGCUCCAAAAUUCUUUGAAGGAACUCUGGUCACUUCUGCACUUUAUUAUGCCAGAAAAGUUUGAAUAUUGGGAGGACUUUGAGGAAGAACACGGAAAAGGAAGAGAAAAUGGUUAUCAAAGUCUCCACAAAGUUCUUGAACCAUUCUUACUGCGAAGAGUUAAGAAAGAUGUAGAAAAGUCUCUUCCAGCUAAAGUAGAGCAGAUCCUUCGCAUAGAGAUGUGUGCUCUGCAGAAGCAGUAUUACAAGUGGAUCUUAACAAGAAAUUACAAGGCUUUGUCCAAGGGAACAAGGGGUAGCACUUCUGGCUUCCUUAACAUUGUAAUGGAACUUAAAAAAUGCUGCAAUCACUGCUUCCUUAUAAAAUACCCAGAAGAUACAGAAAAGGAAACCAAACUCGAGGGUCUUCAGUCAUUGAUCCGGAGCAGUGGGAAACUCAUACUUUUAGACAAACUGCUGACCCGACUCCGUGAAAGAGGUAACAGGGUGCUCAUCUUCUCUCAGAUGGUACGCAUGUUGGACAUCCUGGCUGAAUACCUCACCAUUAAACACUAUCCUUUUCAGAGACUUGAUGGCUCAAUAAAGGGAGAGAUUCGUAAGCAAGCACUGGACCACUUUAAUGCCGAAGGCUCGGAGGAUUUUUGUUUCUUGCUGUCUACACGUGCCGGCGGGCUUGGAAUAAAUUUGGCUUCUGCUGACACAGUAGUUAUCUUCGACUCAGAUUGGAAUCCUCAAAAUGACUUACAGGCCCAGGCCAGAGCUCACAGGAUUGGUCAGAAGAAACAGGUGAAUAUUUACCGCCUUGUUACAAAAGGAACAGUUGAAGAAGAAAUCAUAGAAAGGGCAAAGAAGAAGAUGGUUCUUGACCACCUUGUAAUCCAGCGUAUGGACACCACUGGUCGGACUGUGCUGGAAAAUAAUUCUGGAAGUUCAAAUUCCAACCCAUUUAACAAGGAGGAAUUGGCUGCUAUUCUGAAGUUUGGAGCAGCAGACCUCUUUAAGGAACCAGAAGGAGAGGAAUCAGAACCCCAGGAAAUGGACAUUGAUGAAAUUUUACGUAUGGCUGAGACCAGAGAGAACGAGCCUAGCUCUAGUGCAACCGACGAGCUGCUAUCUCAAUUCAAGGUGGCUAACUUUUCAACUAUGGAAGAAGUAGAACCUCAUCUUGAAAACCAAGGACAAAGGGACUGGGAAGAUAUCAUUCCUGAGGAUCAGAGGAAAAAAAUAGAAGAGGAAGCCCGGCAAAAAGAGUUAGAAGAAAUCUACAUGCUUCCCAGGAUCAGGAGCUUAAACAAAAAGGCACAAGCAAAUGACAGCGAGUCUGAUCUGGAAUCCAAGCAGAAAGCCCAGCGUUCUUCUGGUUCAGAGAGUGAUUCUGAUGACUCUGAUGAUGACAGAAAACCCAAGCGCAGAGGACGUCCCCGCAGUGUUCGAAAGGACACAGUGGAAGGUUUUACAGAUGCAGAGAUUAGAAGGUUUAUAAAGGCAUACAAAAAGUUUCCGACUCCACUCGAAAGACUUGAGUGCAUUGCACGUGAUGCAGAACUUGUGGAGAAAUCAGUGGCAGAUCUCAAGAGAUUGGGAGACCUUUUACACUCAAGCUGUGCUUCAGCCAUGCAGGAGUUUGAAGAACAAUUAAAAGAGAAUCCAACAGAUGGUAAAGGUCCUGGCAAAAGAAGAGGUCCAACUAUAAAAAUUUCUGGUGUCAAAGUGAAUGUAAAAGCUAUUCUUCAACAUGAGGAUGACUUUGAAAUUCUCAGUAAAGCUGUUCCUAAAGAUGCAGAGGAGAAGAAAAAGUUCCAAUUAUCUAGUCGGGUUAAAGCUGCUCAUUUUGAUGUGGAUUGGAGUAUAGAAGAUGACUCCCAUUUGCUCUUGGGGAUUGUUGAACAUGGCUAUGGAAACUGGGAGCUCAUUAAAAGUGACCCAGAGUUGAAGCUGACGGAUAAGAUCUUACCUGUGGAAACGGAGAAGAAACCUCAAGGAAAACACUUGCAGACCAGAUCAGACUAUCUACUGAAAAUCCUUAAGAAGGAAAUGGAAAAAAAAGAAGGUGGCCCAACAGAUGAAGCAAAAAAGAAAAGAAGGCCACGUGCAAAGAAAGAUAGUGCAGGCAAAGUGAAGGAUGAGCAUGGUAAUGAGAUCUCCUCACCUAGGCUUUCUGACAACCCAUCGGAAGAUGCAGAAACCAAGGAGGAUGGCUCGCUGAAGAGUCCAAACAAGAAGAAACAAAAGAAAAAGGACAACAAAGAAAAUAAGGACAAACAGAACCAAAAAAAGGAUGCCACCAAAGAGAAAAGGAAGCCAAAGGAAAAGCCGAAGCGGGCUGAAACCAAGGGGGGUGCCAGAAGUAGAAAGAACCAGGGACCUGUCCACAUUACGGCCGGGAAUGAUCCUGUCCCCAUUGGGGAAGAGGAGGAAGAUGAUCUUGAUCAGGAGACCUUCAGCAUUUGCAAGGAGAGAAUGAGGCCUGUGAAAAAAGCUCUGAAACAACUUGAUAAACCAGACAAAGGACUGACUGUCCAAGAACAGCUAGAACACACAAGGACUUGCUUACUGAAAAUCGGAGAUCGCAUCUCUGAGUGCCUUCAAUUAUACUCUGAGCAGGAGCAUAUUAGGUUAUGGAGGAGGAAUCUCUGGAUUUUUGUCUCAAAAUUCACUGAAUUUGGUGCCAGGAAGUUGCACAAGUUGUACAAGACAGCUCAUAAAAAGAGGUCACAGAAAGAGGAGGAACAAAAGAAAAAAGAAACACCACCAAGCAAGAAACCUUUUCGAUCAGAGCCAUCUGGAUCCAGCCGUGACUCUGUUAACUCCCAGCCGCAUGGACCGCAUAUGCAACAAAAACAUCACAUUUUUCCACCUCCACCCCAGCAUAUGCACGGGCAUCAAAGAGAAAAUUACACCAGUCCUAACAAAAGACCGUUCAAUAAUGCAGAUCGAGGUGAGUGGAGAGAUCGGAAAUUUAACUAUGGGGGCAACAACAGUCAGCAAUGGAUGGGGGACAGACACCACCAGUAUGACCAGCACCGAUAUAAAGAUCAUCACUAUUCUGAUCGGCGUAUUCAUGGUGAUCCUAGGAAUUCUGCAAACUACAGGCCAAACCCUGCGUCUCGUAAGAGGCCCUAUGACCAGUAUAACAAUGAACGGGAUCACAGAGGUCACAGGGAAUAUUAUGACAGACAUCACCAUGACAAUAAACGGAGGCGAGCAGAUGAAUUUCGUUCUCCAGGCUACCAUCAGCAGGACUUUAGACGAAUGGGGUCCGACCAUAGGCCACCUAUGGGAUACCAUGGGCAAGGACCUUCUGACCACUAUCGGUCUUUUCACCCAGAAAAAUCUGGGGAUUAUAAAAGUUCUUCCCAGCAGUCGUCAUCUCUUUCAGACCCUCGUUCUCCCCCAGUUCAAAGAUCCCCUCAUGAAUCAAAAUCUCCACUGGACAGAUCAUUAGAACAUAAGAAUACAGACUACAAUUGGAAUUCCCGGAAAACAUAGGGGAGACAUUUGGAUUUCAAGUUCUAAUAAAAGCCCACAAUGGCCACUUGCUUAAAGUGGACCUUGCUGCUAUAGACUGUGCUUGUUUGAGAGCUAGGAAUCCUUGAUAUUCUAAUAUAAGGCAUAUGGCUCACUUUUCAGAAGAGUUCAACCUGUGCCAAGCAUAUGAAGUGAACAGACACAUUUCUUUUCUCAUGAUCUUUUUAUAUAAUUUCAAUCAGGUUUCUCUUUGAGUGCUUAGGUGGUAUUUGGGACUCCUACAAUAUAAAAUAUUCCUUGAAGAAUGGACAGCAUUUAAUUGCUGGUGAUGUGUGGUUCAGAGCCAUGAAGACUUGCCUACAAUUGAAGUCUGAUGCAUUUUGUGAAUAUAACAAGUGUUUAACGUAUCUGUCAAAUAUACUUGUGCACAAACAGUUCCACAUUCAGUGAAGAAAAGCUACGAGUUGACGUUCACAUACAAAAUGACUUUUCUAUAGCAAUGGUUUAGAAAGGGAAGAAGCAAAUGUGGACAAGGCCGCAAACAUCCCUUAAUCAUCUCUUAUACCGUACAUUUCCCCCAAGAUUUUGAUUUGUCAGUGGUUGAUCAAGUGCAACAAUGAACAUUAGAUCCCUUAUCGAUCAACCAGAUCAGGAGGGCAGAUCCUAAGAAACGGACAUCCCAGUCAAAUGGUCUCUACUUGUUAUUUGUGACACCUGUAAGGCUCCUUAGGAAAAACUCCACCCUCCACGUACACCCACACACAUUACCUUCUAAUAUAUAUGAUCUACUUACCACUUCAGUAUUUUCUAAAAUACUAACCAGGGCAGCCAUACUUAUUCAUAGUCACAGUAGAUUUCAUUGUAUGAUAUACAAGUGUUACCCCGUGUGUAGCACAUGAUCUCACUGUGCAGUAGAUAAAACAAGCCGUAUAGUUUAACUGAAAUUCCUACAUAAUGAUAGUAUGAUAUGUAUCUUAUCAAUAUGGCCCCUUAUGGUCCCCCAUAUGUACAAAUACAACCUAAAAAGAUGUGGUAACCCUUCUGCUUUGACACUUUUUUUUAUUCAACCUUUAAGUGGCUUUCAGUAAUUGAUAUACUCAAGAGUCCCAAAGUGAAAUUGCAGUAUUAGGAAGAUGGUGUUAAUGGACAUAUUCUGGGUUUCUAUAUGUAAUUGUGCCCAGAAUCACAGUUUUUUCAAUACUCCAUACUUCUUGUUCUGGGACAAAGGCCCCUCUACAAUAGCAGGUACAUUUAUUUCCCAGUGUUUGGCUUUUUCCCCCCCAAUUGCUAGAACACACUACGGCAAGAAGAGAUGAAAAUAAUUUUUCUGUUCACGUUUUUGUUAAAAAAUAGGUAAAUCAUGGAAUAUAAAAAUAAAAUAAGUAACUUAAGCUAAUGUCAACCUUGAACUCCAUUUUUAAUCUAAAUAGGUUAUAAAUUCUGUGCAAACUUGUUAAUACAUCUUUAUAGUAGUCAGAGUUCCAGUUUUCUCAUGCAGAACUCCAUAGCCUACAAAGCUUCAAAUGAGAAAUUCAUGGCUACUAGCACCUGCCACUAGAGGGAGCUUACUGCAUACUGUGUUAUUAUGGAGUUCAAUGUAUAACGAUAUGUUAGCUCCAUCUAGUGGCAGCCACAGGCCACUAUUCACUGUAUUAUGUCUGCACCAGGCUCUAUAAGGAUAUGUUCAUUAUGUUAUCCUAAACCAUAUAAUUGCAGGGCAACAUUUUUCACGUGUACUGAGCCAAUGUGCUGAAUAGGCCUGUAUGUGUUUAUAGAAGCACAUCAUCUUAAA